AUGAGCCCAGCGUUAUUCUUUCGGAAUAACGUCGUUUUACCCAUUAUUCUACUCGUCUGUCAAUUUUCUAUUGAUUCACGAAUUUUUGCGAUUUUAUUCGCUUUAUUUACCCUUCUGUGCGAUUUUCUCGCUUUCUUUCCUUCCUCUUCGCUGACGAAUUUCACUUUCUGA